GUGUAAAAAAGUCUUGCGGCCCAUUCGCUUUUCGUCUAAUUGUCAACACAAAAUCAAUAUUGUGGCUAUAUACGCAUUGACAUGGUGCUGCGAAAUCUGUCGAAAUCCACUCAGCUCAUCAUAUUCUAUGCGGUCUUGGGUGUCUUGUCGUCAGCUGCAUUGACGAAUGCGCUCAACUGUUACGCCUGCAGCUAUUUGGAGGAGUACAGUGACACCUCCUGCCUCACGAACGCCUCCUCGUUGCCCCCCAUCAACUGUACCAAAAGAUAUUGCCUCACCGUGCGACAGGAAGCGCUCCACAAUGCCAGCAAAGUUAUUUCCUUUUUACGUGACUGUCAGGACAAACCUCUGAUAUUAAACGGCGUUAGGACAGAUGCUUCGUCCCGCUUCUACUAUCGUUCCUGCCAGCAGGACUUGUGCAACGACCAUGACGGACGCGGCAACAGCUCCGGUGGCGAUGGCAGUGGCACUGGUGGCAAUCAUAAUGGCAUUGUGCCGGGAAAAAAUGGAGGCGUCAGCCACAACCAAACGCGGAUGACCUUGCUGCAGGCAGCGGGUAUCAUGCUCCUGUUGCUCGGCACUUGCAAUUACAAUUUUAAUUAGUUAGUUGAAACUUAUUUUUUGGGCAAAUAAAAUACUGUCAGCGGUUAA